AUGUCACUGCCGAAUGUCUGGCAUCACCGCAAGGUUGCAGCCAGCGCCGCUAAAUCAUGCUGGAUUUGCUACAAGCCUUCUACAAGCGUAUUAAUUACGCCGGAUAACAAGGACUUCUUCUACAUCUGCGCUGGCCAUCUGAAAGACAAGUCGUUCUGCCUGCCGGAUGCGAGUGAAGCUGCCGCACUCGCUGAGCGUAAGAAGAAGGAAGAGAUGGAUAGGGAGAUUGAGGCCGUGAAGCGGGAGUAUGAGGAAAAGCAGAAACGCAAGGCCGAGAAGCGUAAAGCAAAAGAGAAGUCUAAAGACAAGGCAAAAGACGCCGAAGAAACGCAAAAGAAUGACGACGAAGACAAGAAGGACGAGAAGGAGAGAGACGACAGGAUUACAGCAAUAUCAAAAGAUGAACCGAAGCCUGAAGAUGAGGCGCGGAUAUUCUCGCUUCACAAAAAUUUCUACCAAAUGCGCAUCGACCGCAUCCGCAACGCCGAAGCCGCAAAGCGAAACCGCGAACGGCUGAAGAAUCCAACAACAUUCCCAUCUGUACCGAGCGGUGAUCCCUGA